AUGCAUCGAAAAGUAUUUCAACCUGGCCUGGUCCUUCUCGCCGCCCUCGUGAGCGCAGAAGACCUUGUCAUCACCAAACCUCUGAGAGAUAAAACCUACAAGCUCUUUUCUUCAAUCGAGCUCGAGUGCAGCAUCCACGGGGCAGAAGAAUUCACCUGGGAAAAGGAUGGCGACUUCCUCGACGAAGAAAAUGUUCAGAGCAUCAUCAACGAUUACAAAAAAUUCACCUCAACUAUAAAUAUCGACUUUGCGACCACGGUCGAUGGCGGCAAGUACAAAUGCUGCGGGCGGUUAAAGUCCACGAAUGAUAGUAGAUGUACUUCGGCAACCAUAAAUGUCGCCGUGGACCAAGACACUAAUCCAAAACUGCCCGACACUGGCUCUGAUGUCCCCGUCGACAACUAUUGCUUCAAAUACCCCAAUGAGCACCCUGGAAUAUGCGGACGCUACUUGAAAUACAAAUCAGUGCAUAUUCAAAGCGAAGAGAGCAUCCCGUUAAUGGAGAACAUCAUCAACAAUGCUUUCGAGCAGCUGAAGAAACAUGGCAUUAUGACAGAGCAAUGUUAUGAUUACGCACCAAAAGCAUUCUGCCACUAUCUCCUCCCAGAAUGCACUGAGAGCGGAGAAACAAAACAACUCUGUCCUGCGGACUGCGAAAUGAUGCGCCACUCGUACUGCGCCUCCGUGUUCGAAAACUUGACCAUGACAGAAAACGAGGAGCUUUACGUCGUCGCGAACGAGCUGCACAAGUUCAACUGCGAGAAUCUCGCCGCAAAGCAAAAGUCACAGGAUUGCCUAUCGAUCGGUCUCCCCGCCGUUCUCAAUACAUCGCAGACUUGUUACGAGUCGAAUGGAAUCGGCUAUCGUGGCAAUGUAAACAAGAACUGCGUGAAAUGGGAAGACGUUCCCAAUUUAGCCGACAAGGAAGAGUACAAGAUUUAUGGGCCAUCAAAUUUUCCUGAGCUCUCUGGAGGCCAUCGUUACUGUCGCAAUCCUAUAAGUCAGAAUAUGCACCCAGACCCAUUGCUUCAAGAACCGUGGUGUUUUGUUCAAACCUCGACCGGAACCUUAGAACCUCAAGCUUGUGAAGUGCAAGAGUGCCCCAAAGAAACACUUCUGACUAAAGAAGCGUUAAUUAUCCUCCUGCCAUCUGUUGCUGUUUCCCUUGUCCUCGGGAUUCUAGUGAUUGCCUGGAUCGCUUGUCGUAAGCGAAAUCCAAAAGCCGCCGCGAAAGGCGACCAUCUCAGCAAUGUUGAUAAUCGACAGUCGUCUGAAAUCCUCCAGCAGCAGAAUUAUCAGGAGACGCGAAAUUUGAGCAAUGGAUUGGGCAUGCCCAGGCGGAUUCCACUUCCGGAGCUCCCCGCCGGCUCUGUUCACUGCCGAAAGGAACUGGGCGAAGCUUUUUAUGGGACGGUCUACUUGGCCGAAAUUGCGCCAAACCUGCUUUACGCUCCAACACAUCCUGUCGCCGCAAAGUCUCUCGCCGCCGGCUCCAAUACGCAACAAAUUCACCAGUUCUGGCGUGAAAUCGAAAUGCUCCAGGAGUUGCGGCACGAUCGUAUUGCUUCGCUUCGCGCUGUUGUUAUCACGCCAAGUUUCCGUUCGAUGAUAUUUGAAUACACUGAUCUUGGGGAUCUCAAGAACUUUUUGCUGAGCAAAAAUCCGAAUUCUGACAUUUACUGCGGCUCGCCAAUGAACGCUCAAACUCAGCUCCAUAUUUGCCUUCAGAUCGCUGAAGGCAUGGAUUAUUUAUCCUCUGGAGAACGGCCAUACGUUCACCGUGAUCUCGCAGCGCGUAAUAUUCUAAUCGAUUCGCAAAUGCGCGUCAAAAUUUCAAAUAUCGGCAUCGCGCGAGCAGAAACCGCUUCCGACUAUUUCAAUCCUCAGGUUGCUGCUGGCGAAAUUGGCUCUUCCUGUAGCCCGCAAACAUUGAUUCCCGUUAGAUGGAUGUCUCCCGAAUCGCUUCUAAAAGCCGAUUACACAACGGCUUCCGACGUUUGGAGCUUUGCCGUUUGCUGCUGGGAAGUCUACAGCUAUGGCACACAGCCAUAUCUUGGCUACACUGACGAAGGAGUCAUGGAACUUGUUAUCCAUCGCAAGCAAGUUUUGCCAUGUCCUGAUGGCUGCCCGCUACCAGUUUACAACCUAUUAAUUAAUUGUUGGGCUUACAACGGCCAAGCACGGCCCGUGUUUUCCAAAAUCGUUUCGCAGCUGGAAACGCAACAUCGAAAUCUACCUCAGACCAGACAAUUCCACCCAGGUCCACGAUCGCAUUCUUCUUCUUCCACAUCUUCCUUUCAAUUCCAGAGUUCGAGGAACAAAAACAUCUCUUCCAAUAUCGAUGCUCGAUCUCACAUUUCACCUUCAACAGAAUCUACCACAGUGUCAAAUACUCAAUUUGUGCCAAAUCCGUACGAGAACAGCUGGAAAUCAUCCGUUCGUCCUCAUCCCGCUCCACCAGCAAGCCCAGCGAGUCACUCAAACAAUCAGCUACGUUAUCCCACUGGUGCGCUUUCUACGAGCUCUUCAGCUGGCUCUUCUGCAGGUCACAUGUACAAUCCGCCCGAGGAACUGCUGCGCCCCCUUCUACCAAAUAGCCAAAAUUUAAUGUACAAAGAACCUCAUCAGCCAAGAUAA